GCCCCAGUUUGACAACCAGCCAAUCCGCGCCAUGACAGGCCGGCACGUGACAUAGAGUGAGUUCCUGUUGUAGCUUGAGGGAAACAGGCCGACUUUUAGCCACGGGAGAAUCGCACUUUGCGGCCUGUGGAAACUCCCUCCCUCAGCAAUGGCCUCACCUGUCUCAGUCUGCAACCCCAACGUCUUAGAACCACACACCCCCACUACCCCCAAAGAGUCUCUGAAGAUGGAUUUAUUAGCUCAUGUAUCCCUACUGCCUGGAGAGGAAAGAAUUACUGAUAAAGAUAUCAUCUAUAUCUGUCCAUUCAAUGGAGCUGUGAAGGGCAAAGUGUUGAUCACCAACUACAGACUUUACUUCAAGAGCUCAGAUGCUGAUGUGACCGUGAUGCUGGACGUUCCAUUGGGUGCCAUCAGCCGAGUAGAGAAGAUGGGUGGGGCGUCAAGCAGAGGAGAAAACUCCUAUGGCCUGGAUAUUACUUGCAAGGACAUGAGGAAUUUGAGGUUUGCCUUGAAGCAGGAAGGCCACAGCAGAAGAGAUAUUUUUGAGAUUCUUUUCAGAUAUGCCUUUCCCCUCUCACAUGCUCUGCCUCUGUUUGCAUAUUUGACUCAAGAGAAGUAUUCUGAGAAUGGUUGGACUAUCUACAAACCCAUAGAAGAGUUUAGACGGCAGGGUUUACCUAAUAACAAGUGGCGUAUUUCAUUCAUCAAUAAGAGCUAUGAUCUGUGUGACACCUACCCUACUGUGCUGGCUGUACCCUACAAAAGUAAAGAGGAGGACCUCAGAAAAGUGGCUGCCUUCCGGUCAAGAGGACGCAUACCGGUUCUAUCAUGGAUCCACAGGGAGAACCAAGCAGUGAUCGUCCGUUGCAGUCAGCCUCUUGUUGGCAUGUCUGGUAAAAGAAACAAGGAUGAUGAACGCUACCUAGAGCUAAUUAGGGAGGCAAAUGACACCACCAAGCUCACCAUAUAUGAUGCUCGUCCCAACGUCAACGCAGUUGCCAACAAGGCCACUGGAGGAGGCUAUGAGGGCGAUGAGUACCAAAAUGCGGAGCUCAUCUUCCUGGACAUCCAGAAUAUCCAUGUCAUGAGGGAAUCCCUUAAGAAACUCAAGGAUAUCGUCUACCCCAAUGUGGAGGAAUCUCACUGGUUGUCCAGCCUAGAGUCUACACACUGGCUAGAGCACGUCAAACUGGUGUUGUCAGGAGCCAUCCAAGUUGCAGACAAGGUUUCCAGUGGAAACUCAGUAGUAGUUCACUGUAGUGACGGCUGGGACCGAACUGCUCAGCUCACUUCUCUGGCUAUGCUGAUGUUGGACAGCCACUACCGCACUCUCAGAGGUUUCCAGGUGCUGAUUGAAAAGGAAUGGAUCAGCUUUGGCCACAAAUUUGCCUCAAGGAUAGGUCAUGGUGACAAAAACCAUGCCGAUCAGGACAGAUCACCCAUCUUUGUUCAGUUCAUUGACUGCGUAUGGCAGAUGACUAAACAGUUUCCUACAGCCUUCGAGUUUAAUGAGCACCUCUUGCUGACAAUCCUGGAUCACCUCUACAGCUGCCGCUUCGGGACUUUCCUGUACAACUGCGAGAGUGCACGAGACCAGCAUGAACUGAGGUCGAAGACUGUGUCUCUGUGGUCUCUGGUCAACAGCAAGGUGGAUAUUUAUUUAAACCCCUUCUACACCCCAGAGUCCGGCAGGGUCCUCUACCCUGUAGCCAGCAUGCGCCACCUAGAGCUGUGGGUAGCAUACUAUAUCCGCUGGAACCCACGUAUACGACAACAGCAGCAGAGUCCAGUGGAGCAGCGCUACAAGGAGCUGCUGGCCCUCAGAGACGAAUACUUGAAGAAGCUGGAGCAGCUGCAGCUGUCUGACUCCUCCACCUCCUCUCAUCUGGCUAACAGUCCCACCCCCAACACCACCUCCUCCUCCACGUCCACCCCGUCACAGCAAUACACACACCUACACACUCCUCUCUGAGGGCUGGUGACACAAACACAGAUAUCAGAAAUACUUGCUGACUUGCACUUAUGUCUUCUUCACUCUGUCUCACACAUGCAGGGAAUUAAUUAGUAUUGUGCAGUCCUAACUGUGGAUAACAGAAAUUUGCAAAUAGGAUUUAGAUUUGAUGGCUCUGUUGUUGUCUAACUAAUAAUACCACAUGAUGGUAAUUUAUGCAAUAUGUCACAAUACAGCCUUGUCUCCAGACUUUUCUAAACACACAGUCAUCAAACAGCGAAGCCUUAAACACACUUAGCGGCUUUCAGUCCAAGGGCUUGAACACACACGCGCACACAGGACACGCACACAGUUGUGUUCAUUCAGGCAGAUGAGCAGAGCUGGCCUUCAGUUUGGUCAUACUGUGAUUACACGUUAAGAGUAACCAUAAUCUGACAAGGAAUUUUACCUCAGGUCUUCUCAGGAGCGUUUUACGAGCUUUUGAUCACAGUUAGGAAUAUGCCAUAGAUUUACAGAGGAGCCUGACAUGCAGUACGGCCAGUAAUGAUGUCAACAUUUACAGAGGCAAAGACAAGAAGGUCGUAGGCUUACCCAGAGCUAUCAUGACUGAGGGCUGGUAGGGCAAAAUCAAGAGACAAUCCAUU